AUGGCGAGUAAUCAGUACAGAAUCAUUGUUGGGUCUUAUGACCACAAUUUGAUGUGUUUGUCGCUGGAUUUGUCCUCGGCAUCCGAGCCACUUUUCACACCUAUCUUCCAUUUCCAAGCACAUGCCUUAAGUGUAAAAUGUCUUGAUGUCUCUAAGAGAUAUCUAGUUUCUGGAUCCAAUGACGAGCAUAUUAGAAUUUAUGAUCUGCAAAAGAGAAAGGAGUUAGGCACCUUGUUAGCCCACCAAGGUUCUAUUACAGCAUUGAAAUUUUCCAGUGGGGAAAGCAACGGUAAAUGGAUGUUAUCUUCUUCGGAGGACAACAAAAUUAUUAUAUGGAGGGUAAAGGACUGGGAAAACUACGGUGUUUUGAAAGGCCAUUUGAAAAGAGUUAAUGAUAUCGCUAUCCAUCCUUCCAGCCGUGUUGCAGUCAGUGUUUCGGACGAUCAUUCUAUCAGACUGUGGAAUUUGAUGACAAUGAAGAAAGCUGCAGUUUUGAAACUAAGGAAGUACGAUCAGAAUGGGCAAUUUGUUAGAUGGACGGACAAUGGGGACCAUUUCGCUGUAGCCCUGAUGACGAAACUGCUGAUUUUUUCCACUGCUAAUGCAAAAGUACAUUUCGAAGUUGAUAUUAGCAAGAAGACAAUUAUGCAUUUAGAAACCGUGAAACUUGGAGAUGAGGAUAGAGAGUACUUAGUGGUUGGUUUGAGUGAUGGUAACGUUCAAUUUUACCCAGUGGAUGAGUUGAUAAAAGAGGAGCCCACGAUAACGGAGCCAGAAUUCUCUCUUUUAGGGCAUAGCAACCGUAUUAAGGACUUUAAGUUUUAUCCUAACGAUUUCGGCACCUAUUUGAUUACGAUCGGUUCCGAUGGGAGAAUAGUCGUUUGGGACAUGAAGACGAAGGAUCAGGUGGCUGUUUACGACUGUGGGGAAAGACUAAACUGUUUGGCUGUAUGUGAUGAAUCCGUGGAGAAGUAUGAAACAGUGAGAAAGAGAGGGUUGGAAGACGUCGAACAGAGUGAGGCUGAGGUCAGUGAUACCGAAGAAUUAAAGAAGGUGAUGUUUGGUGACAAGAAAAAGAAGAAGAAGACGGGCAAGAAGAGUAAGAAUGCGAAAACAAGAAAGUAUCGAUCGAGCUUGAAUAGUGUAAGAAAGGAUUUCCCUUUCAAUUAA